CUCUCCUCUUAUCAGCUGUUAAAAAGUAGAACACCGAACACCAUGGCUGCUGCAGCGAGGAAUAAGGCGCUAAAUCUGAUGCGACAUGUUGCAAAAUCAUGGCGACAUAUUGCUCCAGAGUCUACUGCUGUAACUCUAAACAAAAAAUAUGGGACGACAGCUGAUCCUCAAACUCAGAAAGAGUAUGCCUUUGAGAUGGCAUGCUCUAACAUCCGGUACGGUCCAGGAGUCACUCAAGAAGUUGGCAUGGACUGUAAGAAUAUGGGAGCCAAGUUAGUGUGCGUGAUGACAGACAAGUAUUUAAGUCCCCUUGCCCCUGUCCAGGUGGCGCUGGAGUCACUGGAGCGACACAACGUCCCAUAUAAACUGUAUGAUAGAUGCAGAGUGGAACCCACAGAUGAAAGUUUUAAGGCAGCUGUAGAUUUUUCUAACCAACACAAGUUUGACGUGUUCUUGGCCAUUGGUGGUGGAUCAGUAAUGGACACUUGUAAGGCAGCCAAUCUCUACUCCUCAAAUCCUCAGUCGGAGCUCCUGGACUACGUCAACGCUCCCAUAGGGAAGGGACUCCCUGUCACACACCAGCUUAAGCCUCUUAUUGCAGUUACAACUACAGCAGGCACAGGCAGUGAGACAACAGGAACUGCAGUGUUUGAUUACCUUCCCAUGAAAGCCAAAACAGGUAUUUCCAACCGUGCCUUGCGCCCCACCCUUGGAAUUGUGGACCCCCUGCACCUUAUCACCAUGCCAGAGAGGGUAGCGGCCUACAGUGGAAUAGAUGUACUUUGCCAUGCUAUUGAAUCCUACACCGCUGUUCCCUAUGACGAGCGCAUUCCACGUCCAGAAAACCCAAUGCUACGUCCAGCGUACCAGGGCUGUAACCCAGUCAGCGACAUCUGGUCAGCUCACGCCCUCAGAAUGACCAAAAAGUACCUAAAAAGAGCUGUAUACGACAAAGGAGAUACUGAGGCUAGAUCUACGAUGGGGUUAGCCUCCACGUACGCUGGCAUCGGCUUCGGGAAUGCUGGAGUGCAUUUGUGCCAUGGCAUGUCAUACCCUAUUUCUGGACUGGUCAAAGAUUUUGUCUCUAAAGGAUAUGACCAGGACAUUGCUCUUGUACCCCAUGGACUGUCCGUGGUGAUAUCGGCACCAGCUGUGUUCGAGUUCAUGGCUCCUGCAUGUCCAGAGCGCCAUCUGGAGGCAGCAAAAUUCCUAGGCGUGGACAUCACUAACAAGAAGAAUGCAGACGCUGGUCAGGUUCUUGGUGACAAACUUCGUCAAAUCAUGCAAGAUAUUGAUGUCCCAGAUGGUCUGAUAGAACUUGGAUAUACCAAGGAUGACAUCCCAGCUCUUGUAAAAGGCACACUACCCCAGCACAGAGUGAUCAAGUUGGCUCCACGACCACAGACUGAGGAAGAUCUCACACAAAUAUUCGAAAACUGUAUGCGAAUUUAUUAACUGUGAUUUUAUAUCAUACUACUGGGAACCUUGACUAAACUGAUCGCAACCGAGAGCAAUAUCUGAGGUCAGAAUUGACAGGUAUUUUUUAUCGCUCAGAGUUUUACAUAUAAAUGUAAUAGAACAGAAGUAACUUCAUAACAGAAAAACUUGUUCCAGAUAUAAUUUUGCCCUUAGUGUCGAAAUGUUCAUGUAGCACAACCAGUGAAGCGUUUUUGUGUGACCUUUCAACGACUUAUAUGGUACAUAGUAUAUCACCUUCAUCACACAAAUUAUUUUUACUAGAUGAACCUUUCUACACUAAAUAAUUACCAACAUGCAGAAUAUGUUCUGAAAAAAAAAUGCCCUUUGAAUGUUGGAUUAAUAUGUAAAACUUAAAAUAAACAGGGUAAAAAUUUUCAUAGGGCAUUAUUUUUCUGAAAGAUUUAAAGAAAGGUGAUUUUAAUUUACAAACAAAAAUAGAAUGCUUUACAGUAGUAGAAGGUCUGGUUUAACAGGUUUCCAGUUAAAGAUAUCAUUUGAUUUAGACCCAGUGCACAAUACAAACAUUAUUAGCUCAAUCUUUAUAACAAUAAUGCAUUAUGGAAACCUCAGGAAUGUAGAAGGAUGAAUGAUCAUUUGCCCAGUUUACAUCAGAGCAGUUUUAACCCUUUCUUCUCUAUGUAACUUUCGUAGACUCUACCAUGCAUUGAUCUGGAUGAGUCCAAUAAGGUCUACAGUGGUGAAAGGGUAAAUUUGUAAUAAAAAAUCAUCCAUGUAGAUUCAGGAUGACUUUGGCUAAUCUGCCUGCAGAUCUGAUGAAAUAUAACUCCUUUAAUAAAUUAGUACAAAAGUAAAAAUGGAGGAAACGUUCUGUUUUGGAAAAGGUAAGUAUUAAAUUUGUGAUACAUAUAAUAGUCAAAAUGGCAACGUUUAUUUUUUUUAUUGAUAUACAAAAGAUUUUUUUUUUCCAAAUUAACAUUAAUAUAUAUUUUAUCUAAUCAUCAUUAAAAUGGAUUUGAUAUCUAGAAUUUAUUGAUGUCUUUUUUUCCAUAUGUCUUUGUAUAUUAUCUUUUUAUACAAGGUGUGGUUGAUAUGAAAAUUAUUGAUGUUCUAGUCAAGAAUCAUUUUUUUAAAAAGAUGUUUAAAUAGAAAUAUUAGUUAAUAGACACCAUAGUACACUUGAAGGGCUUGUCUUGUCUUGAUUGUAGGUUUGUAUGAUUCUGCCAAGAACAUUUUUAGGUGUAAGACAGUUGAAAUAUCAAAUAAAGGCUUAUGCAGUGUCACUCUUCAACAUCUCAUAAAAUUUGUCAACCUGGUAAUAUUUGUUGUUGUUGCAAAAACAGUUUUAAAUCUGAAUUCUUAGGUCUUUGUGGUUCAUUUUAAAUAUGUUUUUACUGUGGAAAAUAUAUUUUAUUGGUCCCUUGUAUUUCGAUAGACAUGUUUUACUUUUUAGCCCCUAACUAUAAUGUACCCUGCGGUUUGUAAUAAUCAUAUUUUCUGCUAGAACUGACAGUUUUGGUCCUGGUUGGUCGUUUUUAACAAGUCUUCUGCUGAGAGGAAAAAUCUGGGUCACAGGGGUUCGUUAUCAACUUGUUUAACUACCCAGAACUGAAUGUGUAUACACUAUAGAGAACUGAAUUUCCACGUGCACAGUGGUUGUUAUAAACUUAUAAUUGAGAAAUAAAAUUCUUCAGUCUAUUUUUUUCGAUAUAAACAUGCUUUCUGUUUAUAACUGAAAUUGUAAGUCCUCACUUGUUAGAAAUUAAUUUGUUUUAUUGUAGAAAAUUCUAAAAUUGCUUCAAUGUCAUUCCUGCGAAAUAUUUUGUCAUUUACUUAGCUGGAACCAUAAGAAAUGUUAUCAGGUCCCAUUCUAUAGGUUUUUAAACAUCAGAAAGGCUACAGAGAAAAAGGUCAAUGAGGUUGUAAUCAAAUGUUUAAGUUGUUAAUUACAUUUGUUGACGGGUGUAUUUACCAAAGACUUAUCAUAUCAAGCUUACAUGUCCCUUUGUUAAGACAAUAUUUUGUAAAUGUAUACUUAAUACUACUUAAGAAUGAAAAAGUAGUAAGGGAACGACGUGUGUAAAGGAAGUGUAAACGGAGGCUAAAAGGGAACAUUUAUAUCAAGGAAUUACAAUGUAUUGUUUUUAACAAGGUGUAAUUCAAAAUCGUAAUUUGAAAAUGAUCUUCAUAGUAAUUAAUUUAAAUGAUUUAGUGGCACUCUUUUCUGUAUAUUUAUCAAUUUUAUGUACUGUUAAUUAUGUAGUUAUUUUUUCAAUAAGGUAAGGAGAGAUAAGGUGUGUUCUGAGUGUCUGUGAUUAACCCUUUCACCCCUUUGUAAUUUUAGUAGACUCUCCCAUGCAUUGACCUGGAUUAGUCCAUUAUGGUCUACAGUGGUGAAAGGGUUGAAGAAAGUAUUCUAUAAACAGACCUAGCUUUCAUAUUAUUGUACAGGGAUGCUUGGGUCCAUCCUCGAAAUCAAAGGGGUAAUGCUCAUUAACGUUAUUUGCACCCUUGGAAUAUCUAAUGACAAAAUCGAAUGCACGCGGUCAUAUUAGCGAUUAGCUUUAGGUUAAAAAAAUCAAUGAACAAUCGCUAUGCUGAUAUACCUGUCCUUUUGAAGAUCGCCGAAGAGAGAUACACAACUUCAAAACUGGUCAAUUUAACCGUUAUAGUGCAGCGCGAUUCUGUUGUCAUAUUCCAGGAGUGUUGAGAACGUAAGAGAGAGUAGCCCUUUGGAUUUCCAGGAUGACUUGAGCCUGUCUCGUGGCAAACUCACCCUUGCUCUAUUUCUCAAGAUUAUCUAUUAUAUGGACACCAAUUUUAUCUAUGCAGACAAACAAUGAUCCAAAUGAUUACAUAAUAUUUUGCUCAAUAAAUGAAAAUAACAUAUUUGUGUCCAUUUUAUGUUUCAUGCACAACCUGGUUUAAUAAGAUGCACUUUUCUUUUUCUGUCAUUCUCGUGGCCAUAUAUAAGAUGUAACUUUCAUUGGAGUGAUCUGUCAAGCUUACCGCGAAUGGACACGAAAGUUCAUUCGGAAACUUGCCGUAGAAAACUAAAUCAUUUGUAGGUUCUUUGGGGAUGGUUGUAAACUUGGUUUACUACAGAGAACCUACAUCUGUAUGGACAGCUAAUAAUGCUUUUAAAAAUGUUUUUAAAUGUAUUUCUGCAUGCUAUUUAAUUCUUUGUUUCAUUUUCCACAUCUUUUCUGUAUAAUGUCCGGUUUAUUAAUAUAACCUCACAUGGAACCUAUCACGUGUAUUAAAUGGAACCUAUCACGUGUAUUUCUGGUUGUCUCUAUUCUAAAUGUCUGUAAACCAAUCGGGUUUUAAGCAUACGUUUAUAGUUGGUGUAAGUUAAAAAAUAAUUAAUAUAAGUUAAGCAAAAAAGUGUGUAAAGUAAGCAUGAACGGAGCCCGAGAGGAAACAUAGAUUUUAAGGAAUUGUAAGCUAUUGUUUUUAUCAAGUUGUAAUAAAAAAAAAUGCAAACACAAAUGAUUCAAAUGAUAACGUAAUGGUUUGCUCAAUAAAUGAAGAUUUUA